UCCCAUCAUUUACAGUUUGCAUGUACAGUGAACUCCUGCAUAUUCGCGGUGAGGUAUUCGCAAAUUUGUACAUUAACAAAUUUUGGUUGGGAACCUAUACUCAUUAUUCGCUGAAUAGGUUGUCCAUUCAUAGUUUUUGUGCUCAAUCCAAAGCUAAUGGAACCUUGGUGUUGUUGUUAGGUUUAAUUCAUUGAUCAGGGUUUUCCGUCUUCUAAGGCCUGGUAAAUUCACAAAGAUUUUUCAACUCUUAAAAUAUUUUUUUAUCAGCAACAGACCCCACACAUAAAGAUAAAAAAAAAAAAAGUCAGGCAUUCAAUAGUUUUGGUCGUGUGUGGUGUGCGCGUCUCAACACAGCAGACCAGACACAUAAAGAUUCUAUUGCACCGCUGAUCUCGAAGUCUUGUGUGAUCACACAUAAUCUCACAAAACCAAAGAAGAAACACUUCCGGAUAUGCGCCGAUGUUUCCCCGAGUGUUCCUGAAGGUUGCCGGAGCCGAGAGCCUUGUAAAAUGCCGACGUUCUUGAAAAGAAAAAAAAAAAAAAAAAAAAAAAAAAGACUUGCUUUGGAUAAUAUUUUUAUAUUUUACCCACGUUUAUACAUAAAAUUAUGUGAGGUAAGACAUUUUUGUUUUCAUUUACGGUCGCUUCCGUGUUCAUCAAUCUUGAGAUCUUCUUUGAUUAGCUACAUUCUUUUCCAUGUUACCAUUCUCGGCGUCAUGACUGGAGAAAUCAGGUAAUCAGUGAUGUAACCGGAAAAUCUACAGCUAACGGUAUCAUGGCUAAUCGUUGUGGCCGAUUCAAUUUCUGACAAAGAGGUAUAGUCAUCUCGGUAAGUUAUUUGCCUAGUUAACUGCUAAUAUUAACGUCAAUGUCAGUAAACUACUUGUUUAUAGGUGCAAACUUUAACAUUAGGCGAAUGAAACACAGGUUCUAUGACUGUAGAUGUGAAUAGAAGGCGAGAUCUGCCAGCGCGCUGUAGCAGGCUGCCUCAGCGACAUGAAUACGUGGCAGAUAGAUAAUACUGCUCAAACUUGUGAUUGGAUCAGUGAUGGGUUGAUUUAAACUCUAAUCGGUGACCGACCCCAAAAAUCCUGCUCAUUUAUAGCCUACGUGUAUGAUGUCAUGUCCGUUUGUGCUAGCAAUUUAUUUAGGCUGGUAUGCUAGAUAAUGCUAUUGAUGAGCCUCAUUUGAAGUUGGUUUGUUUUGUGUUGAAUCAUUUAACUAUUGAGUAGUUAUUUAUGUAACAUGGGUUCAUGAUUGUGUACAUGCUAAAUGCAUGGUGGUGAUCCUAUUUGAUCCGCUUCAUUUUAAGUGCUUUGCCGCCAUCUUGUAGCAUCAAUCCGAAUUACAAAUUCCUUUUUGAGGGGUGUCAAUUAUUUGCAGAGUUUUGCUAGUCGCGGCAGGGCUUGCUUCCUAUCCCCUUAUAGUAAUUGGCAAAAAGGAAGCGAUGUACAUAAAUAUUACCUUUUAAUUUGGGCUAAAACAGAAAAGUUAAGUUUCGGUGUCUCGAUGGGAACUCUCAGAACACGCUUUCUAUGCUUUUAAAUGCUGACACAGUUACUCUCACAGAACUUGUCGGUCCACACUCUCCUUCCUAAAGUCACGUUACAGCAUUGAGAUUGGUGUACUUUGAACAAUGUAGUGAUUGUCGUUCAUUGUAGCAAUUUUUUUAAGCCAAAAAGAACAGUUGUCCCUUAAGUCCCGUACAUACUAAGGGUGUAACGGUAUGCCAAAAAUCUGAGUUUUUCAUGUACUUUGGUUUUGAAGUCAUGGUUGGGAUUCGUGUUGGGUACAGUAAGGCAACAAUUAAAAAAAAAAAAAAAAAGCUAACAUUUUAUUUUUUGUAAAAGGAAACAUUUAAUGACGUUUAGAAUGACAUUAAAACUGCUAGCAUUAAAAUCUCCAAUAAACAAAAUAAUGAAGUCAAAUUCAAACAUUAACUAUUUAAUAGUAUAACUAUAUAACAUAAUUUUGUAAUUAUUUUUAGGAAAGCACGCCAUCAAUAGUUUAUUUUUUAGGUAAUGAUGUAGGCAAGUGUAACAGUGUGAAUAGUGUGAUUUUUAAAUGCAAUAAAAACAAUGAUAAUCGACUUAAUGAUACAUAUGUAACAGCUUCAAUCCUCUUAUGAAAAUACCUUAUCAAUGGUGUAUCUUAUUUUUACGAAACAAAUGCUGUAGACGAGUUCAACAGUAACAUUUUGAACAGUCUGAACUAUGAGGCUAUAAAAAGCAUUAUAUGUAACAGCUUAAAUCUUCUCAUUUUAAGAAAAGUGCAACGUCAAUCGUUUCCUUUUAGCAAAUGAAGGAUGAGACAAGUGCAACAGUAUUAUGAUAUUAAAAAAACAAUCUCCUUGAUAAUGUAUUUAAGAUUUUAUUUUUAGAAAAGUAUAGUUUGUUCUUUCUAGAAGAUGAACGGUCAAAGUUUAAACAUUAUGAUGCUAUCAAAACUUUGUUACUUUGGUUCCAUCUGAAAAGCGUUUAAGGCAUUGUUAGCCAUGACAUCCGCCAGCCAAAGGCUGAGCCGCACAGUAUUUUUUUAUUUUAUUUUGUACGGAACCAGUUACACUUCCUGACCGUUACCUAUGAUGUUCCAUGUGGGAAUUUGGCACACCGCUGAACUGUGCUGAAAAAUCUGGAUAUAUAUGUACCAUUGCACCCCAAGUACUGUACAUACAAUCUUGUGUGCUAGUUUCUUAGUUAAGUCAUAAAUAAAGCAAAUGUAUCUGUAGAUUAUUUGUUUAGUGUGUGACUUUGGGAAUGGCAUUGUUGAUUUCUUUGAGAAACACAUGUCAACAUCUUUCCACUUUCCUUCAGUUGCUGUUAAUUGCCCCAUUUCCCCUUUUUUUGUGUGUAUUGCCAGUUCUUUAAAAUCAAAAUAGUUUUAUUACUUAAACCCCAAAAAUGCUUAAAAAUCAAUUUAUUCUCGUUUGGUAUUGAAUUUACUUGUCUCAAAUGUGUUGUUUUUGUAUUCCUGCAGUCCAGUAGUUAAUGUCGUAGGACCCACUGGACUUCAGCGCCACUUGAACCUGAUGUACUCGAUGCUGAGACCGCCGCCAAUCGCAUCUGCAAAGUACUGGCGGUCAACCAGGAGAACGAGCACCUGAUGCAGGAGUACGAGAAACUGGCCAGUGACCUCCUGGAGUGGAUCCGUCGCACCAUUCCAUGGCUGGAGAACAGAAAUCCCGAGAAGACCAUGACUGAGAUGCAGCAGAAGCUGGAGGACUUCAGGGACUACCGCCGUGUCCACAAGCCACCAAAGGUCCAAGAGAAGUGUCAGCUGGAGAUCAAUUUCAACACGCUGCAGACCAAACUGAGACUGGGUGGCAGACCUGCCUUCAUGCCGUCAGAGGGACACAUGGUGGCUGAUAUCAACAGAGCGUGGCACACUUUAGAGGGUGCGGAGAAGGGCUACGAGGAAUGGCUCCUCAAUGAGAUCCGACGUCUUGAGAGAUUGGAUCACUUGGCUGAGAAGUUCCGCCAGAAGGCCUCCAUCCAUGAAUCCUGGACUGAUGGCAAGGAGGCCAUGCUGACUCAGAGAGACUACGAGACGGCCUCGCUGUCAGAGGUGAAGGCGCUGCUCCGGAAACACGAGGCCUUCGACAGUGACCUGGCUGCCCAUCAGGACCGAGUGGAGCAGAUCGCUGCCAUCGCGCAGGAACUCAAUGAGCUGGACUACUACGACGCACCCAACGUCAACGCUCGCUGCCAAAAGAUCUGCGAGCAGUGGGACAGCCUUGGAGAACUCACCCAGAAGCGCAGGGACUCACUUCAGAAAACUGAGAAACUGCUGGAGUCCAUCGAUGAGCUCUACCUGGAGUACGCCAAGCGGGCAGCGCCCUUCAACAACUGGAUGGAGGGGGCCAUGGAGGACCUGCAGGACAUGUUCAUUGUCCACAACAUAGAGGAGAUCGAGAGUCUGAUGCGUGCCCACGAGCAGUUCAAGUCCACCCUGCCUGAGGCCAACAAGGAGCGUGAGGCCAUCCAGGCCAUCCACAGCGAGGUGCAGAAGAUCGCCCAGCACAAUGGCAUUAAGCUGAGCGGAACCAACCAGUACACCACCAUCACGCCACAGAGCAUCGACAGCAAAUGGGAUCAGGCACAGAAGCUGGUACCUCAGCGUGAUCGGGCUCUGCAGGAGGAGCUUCGCAAGCAGCAGUCCAAUGACAAACUGAGACGCAACUUUGCCGAGCAAGCCAACGUGGUGGGACCCUGGAUACAAAACAAAAUGGAGGAAAUUGGCACGAUAUCCAUUGAGAUGAUAGGCACUCUGGAGGACCAGCUGACCAACCUGAAGGAGUAUGAGCGCAGCAUUGUGGACUACAAGCCCAACAUUGACCAGUUGGAGGGCGUUCAUAAGCUCAUCCAGGAGGCCCUCAUCUUUGACAACACGUACACGCCCUACUCCAUGGAGCACAUCCGCGUGGGCUGGGAGCAGCUGCUCACCACAAUCGCCAGGACCAUCAACGAGAUUGAGAACCAGAUCCUGACACGCGAUGCCAAGGGCAUCAGCCAGGAGGAGCUGUACGAGUACCGUGCCUCCUUCAACCACUUUGACAAGGACCAUAGUGGGGCCCUCAUGGCUGAAGAGUUCAAGGCCUGUUUGAUCAGUCUGGGCUACGACGUGGAGAACGACAAGCAGGGCGACGCCGAGUUUGCCCGCAUCAUGGGCAUUGUGGAUCCCAACAACACUGGCACGGUCACCUUCCAGGCUUUCAUCGACUUCAUGUCCCGAGAGACCACAGACACAGACACGGCAGACCAGGUCAUCGCCUCCUUCAAGAUCCUGGCCGCAGAUAAGAACUUCAUUACCGCCGACGAGCUGAGGCGGGAGCUGCCCCCCGACCAGGCCGAGUACUGCAUCGCCAGGAUGGCACCCUACUCGGGGCCCGACGCCAUCCCCGGCGCGCUCGACUACAUGUCCUUCUCCACCGCCCUGUACGGCGAGAGCGACCUGUAAGGGCGGCGGACUGAACAGGGACGAGGAUGAGGGGGAUGGGGGGGAGUCAUGUUGUAAGUCGAGCUUGAGGUGCCCCACGUGUGCCGGUUUGAAAGUGUUUGAGCGUGGCGAGUGAAGUGUAGUUUAUGGAAAAACGUCUAUUCGAUAUCCUUGAUAUCCAGCUUGAGGUCCGUGUACUAGUAUACUCUUCUACUCUAGUAAGACUAUUCAGCGCAGACUAUAGUGGAACGACUGUGUAAUAUUGGAAAUUAUUAGUAAUAUUUUUUUCCACUGCAAGUAACACUUUUGGCCUAAUAUUAUGUAAUUAAAUAUUACUAGUAAACUAUGAAAAGUCGUUUGAGCAUUUAUUCAAUAUACUUGCUAUCCAGCUUAAGAUCCAUGUACGAGUGCACACUUUCUUUGCUAGAAAGACAAUUCAGCGCACUAGUAGAAUGACUGUCUUACCAGUAAUGUUUUCACCAUUACGAGUGCCACUUGUGGCCUAGAUAAUAUGACUUUAAACUGCAUAUGAAGGAUAUUGGAUAAAUGCUCUAACAGCUUUAUGAAAAGGUCCAUAUACGAGUAUGCACUAUUAAGACAAUUCAGUGCACUCGUAGAAUGACUAGGGCAAACUAGUAGAACAUCUGUCUUACUAGUAAAAAAAAUUUCCUCUCCUAGUGCCAAUUUUGACCUACUAGUACGCAAUUGAACCUCACUAGAAAACUAUGGGAAGCUCUUUAAGCAUUUAUUCGAUAUCCUUGAUAUCCAGCUUAAGGUCCAUUUACUAGUAAGUCAAAUCAGUGCAUUAGUGCAAUGACUGUCAAACUAGUAAAAAUGUUCCUCUACUUGUGCCAAUUUGGAGCUACUUGUACACAAUUCAACCUUACUAGUAAACUAUGUUAAGCCAUUAGAGCAUUUAUUCAAAAGCUUUGAUAUCCAGCUUAUAGUCCAUGUACUAGAAAGACAAUUCAGCGCGCUAGUGGAGCAACUGUCUUACUUUUAACGUCUCCCCCCCACUACCGUAUAAUGUUCCUGCACACUAGUAGGACCACUACAUGUUUGUAGUGUGGCAAAACAUUGCACUAGUAGACAGUUGCGUGCUACUGGUACUACUAGUGACACUAUCAAAUUUUACUAGUUACGACCUAGUUCCACUCGUAGGAUGUAGAUGCUUUGCUUCAUUAGUAACACGUUAUUGCACUAGUCUGCAAAAGUGAUCCUAGUGGUGUGCAGAAAUGUCAUACAGUCGUGGAAGGGAGUUCUACUAGUGCGCCGUUAGUUGGUCUUAUUGUCUUACUCGUCAGGACAAAGAGCACACUAGUUGAUGGACCUUGAACGUUGAUUGAGCAUUGAUUCAAUAUCCUUGAUAUACAUCAUAUGGUUUAGUACUAGUUAGAAAAUGCUACCUGUAAGACACAGUUGUUCUGCAAGUACUAGUGCGCUCAAGUCAUUCUGCUAGUGCAUUCAAUUGUCUAGUAGUCAGGAAAAAGAGCUUACUAGUACUUUGGACCUUAAGCUGGAUAUCAAUGUUAUGGAAUAAAUGCCCCAAGGGCUUUCCUUAGUAGUUUCACUUCCUUCCUUGAUGUUUUGGGAACGGGAGGGGAAGGGGUGCGCUUGUAAACUUCACCCUCUGCCUUUUUUUUUUUUUUUUGGGGGGGGAACUAAUCUUGAUACUUAUGCGAAAUUUAUUUUAUUAUCAUUUGGGGAGGGGGUCAAAGGGUUCCGACAAGGGAAGAGUUCUCACACGAUUGCCGAUGUUUGUGUAUUAGAUUAUAGUUAUAUACUGAGGCGGGUGGCACGGUCGGGUGAGAUCUAAGGAGGUGUCGUUCAACCACAAAUGAAUUUGCAUAUUUGCCCACAAUUCCCUUUUGUUGCUGGAUAAGGUGACCAAUUUCUUUUCCCUUUCUUGCUUUCCCAAAGUAGAGGGUGCCGUCAGGACACUGUAAAUAUUUUUCUUUCUUUUCAGAGUGAGAAAAUGUUUAAAAAAAAAAAAAAAAGAGAGAGAGAAAGUUUCGCCCAAUCAGAAUUGGCGUCAUCCAUUUAACCAAUCCACACAAAAUGUCGCCAUGUUUGUUCCUGGUUUGGACGAUUACUCUGGUAAUGGUCUUGUGUGUGUCCUCAGCACCAUCUUCUCUCUUUUACUCUUUUCACUUCCUCUAAUCCCUCCAUCCUCACCUGUCUUCAAUAACAAAAAAGAAAAAUCACCCAAAAGGAAAUGAAAAAUAAUCUAUGCAAUAUUAAUGAGAUGAUUUGAGGAUAAAAAGUCUAAAUUGAUGGAAGACUUUUUGUUUUUGUGAAGGGAGGGCACAUAGAGAGACUCCAGGACCAAAAGGUUCUCUCCCUCUCUUCUCGCUUUUUCUUUCUUUUUUGCCACCUGGCAGGAGAAUAAUUUGCUCUGGAAAUUGUGACCCCCCCCCCCCCCCCCCCUUUAUUUUAUUUUUUUUGUACUCUUUAAUAAUAAUAAGGAACCUUAUCUGCUGUACUGGAAACUGCAAAAGGCCUUUUUUUCUGUCUAACCAUGAUGACGACGACGAUGAUGAGUGACGCUCACCAAGCACACAUAAAAGUUUCCUUACAAAAAUG